GGGCGAUAUAACGUUAGUAGUCUGAAUUGCAGCCACUGUAUUACGUGAAGAAAAGGCUCGACUUACUCAUCCUAACGGCUAUGAAUUAUUUUUUUUUAUAAAAUCAUCAGAAAAACUACGAAAGGAGUGGUGAAGUUAAUCUGAAAGGUCUAAAACUGUGCAUAUGCGCGAUUUUAGAGGGAGGACAGCAUGGCUUCAGAGUGGGACGAACAGCAGGCCUAUGAAGAGCUUCUAUAUUGGGACGAAUUGAUCCAACAAGGCCACCGUCUUCUGCCUGAGGACUUUGACAGAUUCGAGGAGCUGCGAUAUUGGUACGAUUAUCUGUGCUACGAGGAGGAGCUGAGGCAGUACCAUGAAUACAUUGCUGCAGUUCAAAACUUGGAGGGUGAACGACAGCUUAAGGCGAUUAUGGCCCCUCCAAAACAAACUGGCCCUCAGAAUCGCCUUGUGAUGACGAAGCACUCUGAAGUGUAUCCUUCAGCUGAGGAGCUAGAAGCUGUGCAGACGAUUAUUUCUGAUGUGGAGCAUGCUUUUAAAAUACUAUCUGAACAGAUUGAUGGAGGGAGAGCCGAAGAGCGAGUUUUACGUGCUCUUAUGAGGGUCGGUCUGGUUGCUAAAGGACUCCUCCUGAAAGGAGACAAUGAACUGGAACUGGUGCUGCUUUGCUCCAGCUGGCCUACAAUCACUUUAUUUAAUGAAGUCACUGAACAGUUAGCUAAACAGCUAGAGGUAGUUUCAGCUGGAACAUAUACCGUAAGCUCGCGACCGGAGGAAGCAGCCAUUGUUGUGACCAGUAGCAAGGAGUCUGUCCCGACUCUCGUCAUCAACCUGACAUCACCUCUGGUCCGGGAAGAGCAGCAGACUAACAUCGCUGAGGCAGAGGGGAAUGAAACGCAAUCGGUCAACGAUCCGCCGGACGUUCUGGACAGGCAGAAAUGUCAAACUGCCUUGGCGUCUCUCCGCCACGCCAAGUGGUUCCAGGCUAAAGUCAGCAAUCUCAGUUCUGCUGUCAUUGUGAUCCGAGUAAUGAGGGAUUUGUGUAAACGGGUUCCCGAUUGGUCGCCCCUCUCAGAAUGGUCUCUUGAACUGCUGGUAGAGAAAGCCAUCAGUACAUCUGAGCGGCCAAUGGCAAUCGGUGAAUCCUUCCGCAGAGUUUUAGAGUGCGUCGCCUCUGGAAUCCUACUGGAAGACGGCCCUGGCAUAAGGGACCCAUGUGAAAAGGAAGAUGUUGACGCCACUGCAAAUCUGACUGAGCAGCAGCGUGAAGACAUUACAAAGAGUGCUCAGUUUGCCUUGAGGCUGUGGGCUUUUGGACAGAUGUACAAGGUGCUGGGGAUGGACAACAAACCUUAUAAAUCCCAAAAAUCUUUGAAAUACACCCGCAAAGACGGUCAGAUGACUCCUGCUUCUCAAUACUUCCUCCCAGCUAAGAGGCCUUACUCAGCAGUGGAGAAAGAUGAGGAUGAGUCGGCAUCAAAAAGCAAAGAGAAGAAAUUUGAGAAAGGCUUUCUAAAGAAACAUUUUGACCCAAACAUAAAUCCUGUGAUGCGUCUUAACCAGUAUCAAUCUCGCCUGGAGUAUCGGCUUAUCUCUCAAACCGGUCCAGUCCAUGAGCCGGUGUUUACCAUGUCUGUGGAUGUGAAGGGAAAAACCUACGAGGCGUCGGGACCGUCUAAGCGAGCUGCCAAGCUGAACGUCGCCAUCAAGGCCCUGAAAGAUCUCGGUCUUCCAACAGGCCUGGAGUCAAAAUCAGAGCUGAGUGGCGAUACUGAAAGCUCUCAGAAAUCUGACUCUGCUGCAGCUUCUACCGCAGACGAGAUUGGUCAGGGUCCCCUCUUAACUAAAAACGGGAAGAACCCUGUGAUGGAGCUCAACGAGAAGCGCCGCAGCCUGAAGUAUGUGGUGCUUAAAGAGACGGGAAGGUCCAGCGCCAAGUCCUUCGUCAUGCAGGUGGACGUCGAUGGGCAGAAGUUUCAAGGGAAAGGCUCCAAUAAAAAGGAAGCAAAGGCUCACGCUGCCCUCGCCGCUUUGGAAAAGUUAUUCCCAAAUGAUGACGAGGCUUCAGACAGCAACCGAAUGUCUGCAAAGAAGAAGGUUAUCUACACUGACAUGCACAUCCCAGGAUUUGGUACAAUCCGUGGUAUUCCAUCAGAUACUGGCUCUCGAAGUUGGGGUCCCAACAGAGGAGGCCAAGCCAGGGGCCGGGGCAGAGGCCGGGGCCAGCCUUUUGGCCCCGGGCCCAGCUAUAACACAACUAACUACAGCUAUGAGAGCAGCGCUGGGACAGGCUAUCAUAAACUUUAUGCUAACAAUGCUGCCAGCAACACUGGCAAAAACCCCAUCGUGGCUGAAUCGGACAGCAGCACAGGCUACGGUACGUUUUACCCAGAGAGCAGCUCCACCUACUCCUCCCCACCCGUACCCAGCACCAGCGACACAAAGGGACAAAGCUACCGCUCCAUGCCCCCACCUGUUGACCAGCAGAGCCCAUAUAGCUACGGAUAUGGAGAGGAAAAGAAGAAAAUGCUGACCCAAAGCAGUCCUGUGGUUCAGGGAGGAAACUCCUCCAUGUACAGCACAGCCUAUCCUAGUUCUGUUACAGCAGGACAUUCAUAUGAUUACGGCUGGGGGAACCAGGUCAACUGGGGGAAUCAACAGGGAUUUGACACCUACCAGAACUAUGGAGGACAAAACCUGGGCCAGUACUCUGGAUACACACAUUACUGAUCCUUUCAAAUACCAGUACUGUUUCUUCACCGUUUUUGAAGUCUGUGUCCUCUGCGUUGUUGAUAAACCAGAGAACCCUCUUGAUUUCAUUUUGUUUCAUCACUUGUAUGUUUUUAGUUGACAUUUGGUGAAACAGGUUUCUUUUAACAUCAUCGCAGCAGUUUGAAACUGUUUUGUUUCCGUUCUUCAUCGGGAUGUAAUUCUGAUGUAAGGAUUUGUUGGUGUCAAUAAAGAUGCUCUAACCUUGGUCUAAGAUAA